AUGCUUUCAAUACCUUCCUCCGCCAUCUCAUGGCUGAUUUCCACAUUGUUGUUGGUAAACGUGGCAUCUGCCGCGUUGAACGCCGCAGACUACUAUGUCCACUCCUUACCAGGAGCUCCGAAGGGCCCGUUCCUGAAGAUGCAUGCCGGACACGUUGAAGUGAACCCGGCAACCAACGGCAACCUAUUCUUCUGGCACUUCCAGAACCGCCAUAUCGCCAAUCGACAACGGACCGUGAUCUGGCUGAAUGGUGGUCCGGGAUGCAGUUCGAUGGACGGUGCUCUGAUGGAGGUGGGCCCUUACCGAUUGAAAGACGACCACACACUUGAAUACAACCCGGGUCGGUGGGACGAGUUCGCCAAUCUCCUGUUUGUUGAUAACCCCGUGGGAACUGGCUUCAGCUAUGCGAGUGGUGAUAGCUACCUCCACGAGCUGGACGAUAUGGCUGCGCAAUUCGUCGUCUUCAUGGAGAAGUUCUUCGAAAUGUUCCCGGAGUUCGAACUCGACGAUCUCUACUUUGCCGGUGAAUCGUAUGCGGGUCAGUAUAUUCCGUACAUCGCAAAGGCCAUUCAAGAGCGCAACAAGGCCGUCGCGGCGGAAGGUGGUCAGAAAUGGCCUCUCAAGGGCUUGCUUAUCGGCAAUGGAUGGAUCUCGCCACAAGAUCAGUAUCCAUCUUAUAUGAAAUAUAUCGUGAGGGAAGGUCUCGUUGAGGGAGGGUCAACUCUCCACGCCAACCUGAAUUCCCUCAAUGAAGUCUGUCUCUCAAAUCUAGAAACACCCGGAGCAAAGGACAAGGUCAGCGUUUCCUCGUGCGAGUUUGUUCUUGAGCAAUUCCUGGAUCUCACGACGGAAGACGGGAAAUGCAUGAAUCAGUACGACAUCCGCCUGAAGGAGGACGACUCGUGCGGAAUGAGCUGGCCACCAGAUCUCAAGCAAAUCGAGCCCUACCUCCGACGACCGGAUGUUCUGAAGGCGUUGAACAUCAACCCAGCCAAGAAAGAAGGCUGGCAGGAGUGUAAUGGCAAUGUUGGUAGGGUUUUCAGACCACACACUGGCCCCUCUGUCGACCUCCUGCCUGGCCUUAUCGAAUCGGGAAUCAACAUCCUCUUGUUCUCCGGCGACAAGGACCUCAUCUGCAACCACAUUGGCACUGAAACCAUGAUCCACAACAUGAAGUGGAAAGGCGGCACUGGCUUCGAAACAAGCCCCGGUGUUUGGGCCCCGCGCCACGACUGGUCUUUCGAAGGCGAGCCGGCGGGUAUCUACCAGUACGCUCGAAACUUGACUUAUGUUCUCUUCUACAACUCCAGUCAUAUGGUUCCAUUUGAUGUCCCGCGUCAAAGUCGGGAUAUGCUUGAUCGGUUCAUGAAGGUCGACAUUGCCAGCAUUGGUGGUAUGCCCACGGAUUCUCGUAUUGACGGGGAGAAGCUGCCGCAGACAUCGGUUGGCGGUCAGACUAACAGCACGGCUGCGGAAAAGCAUGAGCAGGAGAAGCUCAAGCAGACGGAAAUGCACGCGUACACGAAGUCUGGGGAGGCGAUUCUGGUCGUUGUCAUCAUUGGUGUUACCAUUUGGGGAUUCUUUAUUUGGCGCAGUCGCCGUUCGAACAAAGGAUACCGCGGUGUCAAGGAUGAACUAGCCGAUAGUUCGCCGUUGAACCGUUUCGCUAAGCGUUCUAGAAGGGAUGUCGAGGCUGGUGAUUUUGAUGAGGCAGAGCUCGACAAUCUCCACUCUCCGGAUGGUGAGCAUUAUGCUGUCGGUGAUGCCAGUGAUGAUGAACAUGAAGAUGGGCACAGGACAAGGUGA